AACAUGGAAAACAUCGAGUGAAAAACUCUGAAAGUUAAUCUUUUUUAUAAACGUGUGGACUAGUCUGAGCUUCAGACGAAGACUGAGCCUUUGGAGAAAAUGUUUGUUUUUAUAUGAAGAGGAUUUCCGGUGGUUUCGUCGCCGUGUGAAGGAUGGCAGGUAUUUUAAGGUUUCUGAAGCUGGGGCUGCAGGUCGACGUCCUGAGAGAAACUGGACGUCAGUAUCCGGUCUUCUGCUUCCUGCUGCUGUCGAUGCUCUCUCUCACGGUGCUGCUCAACAGGUAUAUCCACAUCCUGAUGGUGUUCUGGUCCUUCCUGGCUGGCGUCAUCACUUUCUACUGCUCCCUCGGACCAGAGUCUCUUCUCCCAAAUAUCUUCUUCAGCGUGAAGCCCAGGAACAAAAGGCAGGAGCAGGAGUUGUUUCCUCUGGGACACAGCUGUGCCGUGUGCGGGAAGGUCAAGUGCAAACGUCACCGGCCGACACUUCUCCUAGAAAACCACCAGCCAUGGUUGGACCUGAAAGUUCAUUCAAAAGUGGACGCAUCGGUCGCAGAGGUGUUUGAGUUAGUCCUGGAGAACUUUGUGUACCCCUGGUACAGGGACAUCACAGACGAUGAAGCGUGCGUGGAUGAACUGAGGAUGACCUUCCGCUUCUUCGCGUCCGUGCUCGUCCGCCGCGCUCAGAAGGUGGAUGUUCCCGCUGUGUUUGCAGACAAAGUGAUGAAAGCUGCAAUGAAGCACAUUGAAAUCAUCUCAAAAGCUCGACUCAAAGUGAACAACGUGGACGCUCUCCAACAGGCCGGGCUGGAUGAAUACGGCCCUGACCUCCACAUCGCUCUGCGCAGCCGGAAAGACGAGCUGCUCUACCUGAGGAAGCUGACUGAGAUGCUGUUUCCAUACGUCAUGCCUCCCAAGGCCACAGACUGCAGGUCUCUGGCUCUGCUGAUCCGGGAGGUGAUGGCUGGAUCUGUUAUGUUACCAACCAUGGAUUUCAUGGCUGACCCUGAUACUGUGAACUUCAUGGUGCUCAUAUUUGUUGAUGAAACUCCACCUGAAACAGACACUGACACUCCAUCCACCCUGGUUCCAUUUUUACAGAAAUACGCCAAUGACAGCAACAAGAAGGCGUCUGUGCUGAAGUUGGAGCUGAAGGAGAUUCGGGACGAUCAGGAUCUCCUUUUUCGUUUCAUGAACUUCCUGAAGCAGGAAGGAGCCGUGCAUGUGCUGCAGUUCUGCCUCACUGUGGAGGAGUUCAACGAUAAGAUCCUGAGUCCCGAGCUGAGUGACUCGGAGCUGCAGCGUCUGCACGGCGAGGUGGUGCACCUCUACGAGACGUACUGCCUGGAUGAGAGCAUCGACAAGAUCAGCUUCGACAAGGUCAUCAUGGACGAGAUCGGAGACAUUGCUAUGGGUCCGUACUCUGGUGUGGUGAAGCUUCAGAAGAUGCACUGUCUGUUUGAGGCGUAUGAACACGUCCUGUCUCUGCUGGAGGGAGUCUUCACCCCCAUGUUCUGCCACAGCGACGAAUACUUCCGACACCUGCUGAGAGGAGCCGAGUCUCCAACCAGAAACUCAAAAAUCAACAGAAAUAGCUUCAUUUUGGAAGAGAGCAGAAACUUGUCUAAAAGAGGCGAGUCGUUCGGGAUCAGCAGAAUCGGCAGUAAAAUCAAAGGUGUGUUCAGGAGCACGACCAUGGAGGGAGCCAUGCUGCCGCCCAGCGCCAUGAACGACAUAGAGGACGACGUGGUGGAGGAGGCGACCGUGGUGAUGGAGGAUGACUCCACGUUGGAGCCGGCCAGCACCCCGGGCUCCCUGAGGAACCUGUCGGCCUGGAGCAUCAGCAUCCCCUUCAUCGACGUCUGUGACGACGAGGCCAAGAGGGAGAAGGUCCCCGUCUUCUGCAUCGACGUGGAACGCAACGACAGGAAAGAAGUUGGUCAUGAAACUGAAAAGUGGUCGGUCUUUAGACGAUAUCUGGAGUUCUACGUGCUGGAAUCUAAACUCACCGAGUUCCACGGCACUUUUGCAGACACACAGCUUCCUUCCAAAAGACUCAUUGGACCUAAGAACUACGAGUUCCUCGUUUCAAAACGGGAAGAGUUCGAGGAGUAUUUACAGAGACUCCUGCAGCACCCAGAGCUCAGUAACAGUCAGCUGCUGGCUGACUUCCUGUCUCCACACAGCGUGGAGUCUCAGUUCUUGGACAGGAUGCUGCCGGAUGUCAACCUCGGGAAGAUUUUCAAGUCUGUCCCUGGAAAGCUGAUGAAAGAGAAAGGACAGAACCUGGAGCCCUUCAUCCAGUCCUUCUUCAACUCCUGUGAGUCGCCCAAACCCAAACCCAGCCGGCCCGAGCUGACCAUCCUCAGCCCAACCACAGAGAACAACAAGAAGCUCUUCACCGACCUGUUCAAGAACAACGCCAACCUGACGGAGAUUUCAGACCGGAAACACAACCUCAACUGCUUCAUGGAGAAGGUCUCCGUUAACGGCAUGUACGACUGCAUGAUGUAUGUCGGUCGGGUGGUGUUUCACACGUCGGACUGGCUGCACCACGUCCUGGCUGCGGGGAGGAUCCUGUUCAAGAACACGUUUGAAGCCUACAUGGAUCAGUACAUGCAGUCCAAGCUGGAGCAGAUCCUGCAGGAGCACCACAUGGUGUCCCUCAUCACACAGCUGAGAGACGCCGUCUUCUGUGAGAGCAGCGUCGAGCGAACAACAGAGGACAAAAAGAUCCGAGCCAAGCAGACGUUUGAGGAGAUGAUGAAGUAUUUACCAGACUUUGUGGUGAAGUGCAUCGGCGAGGAGGCGAAAUAUGAAGGCAUCCGCCUGCUCUUUGACGGCAUCCAGCAGCCGCUCCUCAACAAGCAGAUGACGUACGUCCUGCUGGAUAUCGCCGUGCAGGAGCUUUUCCCCGAACUCACCAAGGGCGUGAAGGAAGCCAUCGUGGUGUGAAUCGUUUGACAGACUCAACACUGAUCUCCUCUUUUCCUGGAUCGCAGACGUGCAAUAAAAACCUCAGCUGUUUCCAAACCCCCUCUGGGAUCUUCUCCACAUUCCCAUGUACAUUCAUGCACUAAUAAUAAAAACAGAUAUAUUUAUUAAGGUCA